UAAUAUAUAGGGGAUUUAGAAAGUUUGAAAUUUACACACACAAAAAAAAAAGUUGAAACUCGUGUCCUAAAACAUUAAUGUAUCUACUUUUCAAUAUUGGAUUUUGUAAAAAUUCUAACAAAUUAGACUGGGCCCUUUAAUGACGGGCAAGGACAACUGUGAGACCACGUAUACCCCUAUAAAGUUGUAUAUGUGCACAUACAUCGUCUUCAGUUAGGAGAGGAAAUCAGGAAAAACGACAAGAUGUUUAAUUUGCUUUCAUUCGCUCUGGUCCUCGUAUUAUUUGUAGCGGCUGCUUAUCUUAUCCGAGCAAAGCAAAAUUUACCACCAAGUCCGGUGGGUUUUCCGGUGAUCGGACACCUCCACCUGCUCAAAGAUCCUGUUCACCGUUGUCUACGUGACCUUUCUCAGAGCCUCGGUCCCGUGUUUUCUCUCAGGCUUGGCUCUUGUCGAGCCGUAGUCGUCACGUCAGCUUCCGCAGCGGAGGAGUUCUUAUCUCACGAGAAUGAUGUCGUUUUCGCAAACAGGCCUAUCACUACUAUGUAUGCAUACGUUCUUUACAGCAACACGGGGGUUAGCGUAGCUCCCUACGGAGACCACUGGCGUCACCUCCGUCGUAUCUGCACCACCGAGAUCUUCUCUGCCGCUCGUCUCAGGGAAUCGUUCGAGAUCCGGAGAGACGAAGUGAGGUCUAUGCUUCAGACGAUCCACGCGGCGACACUGCGAGGAAACAACUCUGUUCGGGUGGAGCUACGGCCGUUACUUUCGGGGUUUACGUUAAACGUCAUCAUGAGAAUGGUCGCUGGAAAACGAUACUAUGGCGAGGAUAACGCGGAAGCUAAGGCAGUGAGUGAGCUGAUCAGCGAAACGUUCGAGCUCGGAGGGUUUACUUACGUCGGUGACUUUCUUCCGAUCUUGAAACUGUUUGAUUUCGAUGGAUAUGUUAAGAAAUCCAAGAAAAUUGGCUCGAAAUUGGACAAGUUUCUGCAGGAACUGGUCGACGAGCACAGAGGAAACAGAGGAAAAACAGAGUUCAAGAACACAAUGAUCACUCAUUUGCUUACUCUUCAAGAAUCGCAACCUGAGUCUUACACCGACCAGAUCAUCAAAGGACUCGUACUGGUGAUGUUAUUCGCCGGGUCGGAUACAACGUCGGUGACAUUAGAGUGGGCUAUGGCUAACCUUCUAAAUCAUCCAGAUGUGUUAAUGAAAGUCAAGACGGAACUAAACAACCUCGUCUCAAGAGAACGGCGUUUGAUGGAAGAAUCUGAUACGAGCACUUGUACGUAUCUCGAUAAUGUGAUCUCAGAAACUCUUCGUCUGUGUCCUGCAGCUCCAUUGCUUGUCCCACACGCGUCGUCCGGUGACUGCAAAGUUGCUGGGUAUGAUAUUCCACGUGGCACAUGGCUAUUCAUCAAUGCGUGGGCUAUUCAGCGAGACCCAAAGAUGUGGGAUGAGCCAGAGGUUUUUAAACCGGAAAGGUUCGACAGUGAAGGGUGGAAGACCCAACAUGGUAAGUUUCUACCUUUUGGAAUGGGUAGAAGAGCUUGUCCUGGAAUGGGGCUCGCCCAACUUAUAUUAAGCUUGGCUUUAGGCUCAUUGAUACAAUGUUUUGAUUGGGAGAGGGAUGAAGACGUGGCAGUUGACAUGUCGGAAGGAAAGGGUCUUACCAUGCCUAAAGCUUUGUCUUUAGUUGCUAAAUGCAAGUCUUCUUCGAUCCUAGACAACGUUGUCAUUUAGUUUCAUGUAUUUUAUCAGGCGGUCAUUAACGUUGUUAAUAAGAACAUUAUGGUCAUCAACGUCCCUAAUAAGAACAUUAUAUUUUCCUC